AUGGCAAGAGUCACACAAGGUAGAGCUAUGGAAAGCAACUGGUCCGGAUGGUAUUUAGGUUUCUGGUGGAAACACCUUCUUGCCGCAAGGCACGGUUUAAUCCAAACCGAGGAAGAUGAUUCCGAACUGGCUUUGCCAGGGCCGGGUAAUCUUGAUACCGAAGGAGCGUCCGCUACUGUGGGUUCGAGAAUGGUAAGAUUUCGAGAUCGUUCGCUGACGAUCAGAAAUGAUCUGAUGCAAAGUGAUGCCUUGAGUCCUCUGCUGUUCUGUCUCACUAUAGCGCCGAUCUCUUACUGGAUUCGGAAUAAUGUCAGUCCAUAUCGUACUGUGACGGAUCUAUACUCUGAUUGGGAAGAUAUGGCUGCAGCUAAAACCGGUAUCCAGUGCCUCUUUGGACAGCUUGGUCUGGAACUCAAUGCACGCCAGUGCGCUUCAUGCAGUCUAAACCAUGCCAUUUCAGUGCAAAUGGACAGCAUCCCGGUUCUCGGGAGAACUGAGCUCUAUAAGUACUUGGGUGCAGAGCAAAAUGGACUAGUUUGCAUCAAUGAACUAUACGAUCGCGUCGAGUUGGCAGCAGGCGGUUGA